CUCCAACUAACCCUCUGACAAAGAUGCAGCCCCGUCUAGCCCGUCUCCCCUCCGUCCCCCGCACCAAGCCCACUCCGACGCGCGAUCCGAAACGCCUGCCCGCCCCACUCGCCUCGGUGCUCGGACCGCACGGCCCGUGUCCCCCUCAUACCUGACCAUCCUGACCUCGGACAAAGGACAUUGCGACCAUCGCAUCGCUGGGCAUGCUCCCUCCUCCUCCUCCCCUCCCUCUACCUCCUCCCCCUUCUCUCGCCUCUCGAAUGCGUCGCUAGGUGCAUCCACCAUCACCAAGCACAGGCGCGCCUCCCGGGCCGCCCCACGCCCGCCCGGACCGGCGCGCCCGCCUUAAGAACUUUGCCGCACCUCUCCAUCUCCUCGAUCCACUCUCUCCGACGUUCUUUCCACCACCCAUGAGCGGCUGCGAAGCGUGCUGUGGGGAUACGCGUGUCCCCGCCCCUCCGGCGGCUAAGAAGACUCCCGCCAUCACCCUCCCCACCCCGUACCCCAAAUUCCCCGACGACGGGUGCAGCGCCUGCUGCGCCGACAAGUCCAAGGCCGAGACGGCCAAGACGGGGAAAGCGACAGCGCCCACCAAGUUUGAGGACGUCAAGGCCGCCGCUAGUCGUGCGACCACGCCCACGCCCUCGUCCACGCCCACACCCACGCUCCCGGCACCCACCGCUCCCUCCGCUGCGGCCCAGGCCAAGCCCGCACUGAUCCAGGUUCACGCAAAGGCCGACAAGCCCAAGCCCGCGCCCCUGGCGCCCGCUCGCACGCUCGUUAAGUUCGAGUUUGCCCCCGACACGCCUCUCCCCUCUACGGAGCGUCCUCUGUCUCCGAACAACGCACUUCUCUCUUCCACUUCCUCCCUCCCUACUUCUCCUCUCUCAACUCCACUACCGCGCGCUCCCGCCGAACGCGCCCCUUGGCCAUCCCACGCCGCCACUCGCAUGCACCUCCCCUCCCACACCGUCCGCGAGGUUCGUCCCGGCUCACCCCGCGACCCCCUGCCCCAGUUCUCCGCCCCGGCCCCGGCCGUCCGGCGCACGUCGCUGGCGGCCGGUGCCGCACCCGCGCUCACGCCGGGAGCUCUCGCCGCACCCGCAAGUGUCGUUGCCGUUCUCUCCGACGCCGCUGUGCACAGCGUCUCGCCGGCCACUGCGUCGGCCCUCAGCGCACCUGUCGCGCCAGGACGUGACGCUGUCCACGUCGAGGCAGUGACCCCCUCCAGCCGCCUUGGCUCGCCCUUCGGCACGCCCAUGCCCAAGAUCUCUUCGGUGGCCCCAACGCCUCCUCUUGCCCCCGCCGACGCUUCGUCCGAGGAGGACGACCUGCUCGACGGAGAGAUUGAGCUCGAGCUCCUCGCCCCUCCGCUCAUCAUCAACCUCGAGCCCUCGUCUCCGACUGACGUCCAGAACCUUGGCGGCUCCAGCGGUAUCGGCUCCGCCGGCGACAGCGUGCUCGACAUUUUGGCAAGUACCCGCCGCCCUGCCCCGAUCUCGGCCCUCUUUGAGGCGUAUGACAACGACACGGCUGCCCUCGGCGCAUGCGAGGCGGAGCUUCGCGCGCUCCAGGCGGCGCUCGCCGACGCCGAGGCAGAUGCAAACUCCAAGCGCACCCGCGUUCUCGCAUACCAGGUCGCGCUCGACGAGGAGCUCGCUGCCCUCGAAGCCGAGCGCGCCGGCCUCCUCCGCAUCCGCGAGGCCAUAUUCACUGACAGCAUCAAGGACGCCCGAGUCCUCGGCAGCAACCCCCGUAUGGCGCUCGCUGCCGCCCGUGAUGGUUGGUGCCGCUUGUGGGUCGACGCGUAGUCUUACCCGCAGCCAUUCCCUAAGCAAAUGAAAGAGCGCCCCGCGCUAUAACUAGUCCCAUUCUAGAUGAUGUACAUGCGUGCGAUGAC